AUGUCUGACCCAAACUGGUGGAAGCUGACGUUCUCCCGCAAGAAGAAGUCCGAAUCAAAGGUCCUGUAUGAGAUCCCGGCGGAGUACGGCAGCAACACCAAAGAACCCGCUGGGGUCGGCGGGGCCACUCCGGAUGCUUCAGAGUUUAGUGCCAGGCUGGAGAAGAUCGUGGACAAGUCAGCCACUAAGGGGCGCCACGUGAAAGUCUCCCACUCUGGACGCUUUAAGGAAAAGAAGAAGGUUCGAGCCACGUUGGCUGAGAACCCUGACCUGUUUGGUGAGCAGAACCUGGCCGAGCAGAACCACAAGAAGAAGAGUGACAAGUAG